UGGAUUUUGGUUAUCCUACACAUUUCUUCUGGUUAACGAAGGUUCUUGUUGUCUGAUUUAUUAAAAUUUAAAGCCAAUAAAGAGAUCAUUAAUUUUCAAAAAUCUCAUACUACUCCAUGUACUCAUAGCUUCUCCAAAUCUCUCUUUAAAAAUUUGAGAUUCCCAAUUUCGGAUUUUCCAAUAAAUAAUUCUUAAAUUCAAGUUUAACCAAUUUUAUCCAUAGCUAACUUCAAAAAAAGACCAUUGGAAGAAUUUUGAAAGGUUGAUAUCUUCUCCUUCAGCCUUCACAAAACCAAAGCUCCUUCUUCCCCCCAUUCCAUUUGCUUCUUCUUCUUGUUUUUCUUUUUUCUUUUUCUUUUUUCCUUCAGAAAAAAAGUACUUAAAAAGUGCGAUUCCAUCAUUCAUUCAUUCCAGAUUUCCAGCUUGUCACUGGACACAGAAAAGCUUAUAAUAAAAAGGAAAAAUGGCAAAAUGGUCCCUACUUCCGCCAUCAUGGUCUAAUCUCUUGCUGACAUGUCUGAAUCUAAGUGGGUAGGAAGAAAUACUGAAAUAGGAUCCAAGUAAAAAAAGAAAUAAUACUACUAUUCAUUCAAAGCGGUGAAGGUAGUAGAGGAGUAGUAAGUGGACACUGGGUCACUGGACACUGCCACUCUUUUUUGCUCUUCCCUUUUGAUUUUUUUUUUUAAAAUUUUUAAUUUCAUUUUAUUUUUGGGUUUUGUUUGGGAUUUCAGUUCACACACAGCUUAGCUGUUACCUAUCUCUCUCAUUCUUCCUUCAUCACUCACUGUGUGACUGUGUGUGAAUGGUGGUGGUGUUAUUGCUUACUUAUUAGCUGUUGCUGCUCCUUCCCCACUUCGCUUUUUUUUUUCACCUUUCCGGGUUUCCAUUAAUGUGUAGCUCAUAUUGAUUUACCUACUUUCCAAUAAACCCUAAUUAUUACACCUGUUAAUCUUUCCUGGCAUUGAUUGCUUGGUGGAAGCCUUGGAGAGGGAUCUGUCAUUUUUGUCUCCACUCUACUAUUUCUGCUUCUUUGACUGAGGAUAUUUUUAUAUUCUUCUGUUUUGGGUUCAAUUCAAAAAGUUCAAGAUUACAUUUUUAUGCAAUUUGCUCUGGUUGUUGGAGACCCUUUUGCAUGAGUGCCAGAAAUGGUUCUGCUUGUUCUGUGGAUUUGGUGAAGCAGAAGAAGUAAUGGGCAUUGUGGUUGAAUUGGGUUUUUCAAGUUUCAUAUGUGGUGGUAGAUUGCUAUUUCUAGGAAAAGGCCAUUUAAGGGAGCUCCAUUGUUAGAUUUGUUCUUGAAUCUCUGAUGCUACCCAUUUGGUAUCUGUACAUUGUUUUCUACUGUCUCCCUGUUCUUACAGCUCAACCUUCUGGUCAAGUAUUAUCAGCCACUUCUCUUGAUUCAUUACUUCAAGACUAUGCUUUUAGGGCAUUGGUUAGGCCCAGAACAGGGGAAAUUUAUGAUGGUGUUGUACCAUCCAACUUGACAGGGGUGAAGGUUUCAGCAUUGAGAUUGAGGAGUGGGAGCUUGAAAAGAAAAGGGUUCAGUGGCUAUAAAGAGUUUGACAUCCCAAUUGGAGUUGUGGAGCAUCCUUAUGUUGAGAGGCUUGUUUUGGUGUAUCACAAUUUGGCUAAUUGGUCUUCCUUGUAUUACCCUUUACCUGGUUAUACAUACUUGACCCCAAUUCUGGGUCUCUUGGCUUAUGAUGCUUCCAAUUUGUCAGCUAAGAAUUUACAGGCAUUGGAUUUGGUAACUUCCCAAGAUCCCAUUUUGGUCCGGUUUUCCAAUGUUCUUCCAGCUGGUCCUCAAGGGGUGUCACCCAAGUGUAUUUAUUUUGGUUUAGAUGGUUCAGUAGAAUUUAACAAUGUAAUUAACCAAAGUGUCUGUUCUGGUACAAAACAAGGUCAUUUCUCUAUUGGUGCUGAGUUCAAUGCUCCGGUUCCUGCUCCUGCUCCUGCUCCGGUACCUUCUCCGGCCGGCGGAGGCGGUGGCAAUCGGGGUGGUGGUCAUAAAAACAGUCGUAAAGUGUGGAUAAUUGUUGGGUCUGUAGUUGGAGGAGUCUUGCUUGUUGUUCUACUGUGUAUACUCUUUGCUUGUCUUCGGAAAUAUAGACGGAAAAGAAGCCUGCACAGAAUGGAGGAGGCAGCAGAUAGAGGGGAGCCCUUGGUAAUGGCAAAUGUUGGGCGAACAAAGGCACCAGUGGCAUCAGAGACUCGAACUAAACCAUCAUUGGAAGAUGAUUAUAUGCCCUAGUGGUGUUUGCUACUUUGCUUGACUAUAUUCAUUUCUGGAAGUUCUAUCAAGCAAUUAAAAUACAAGUAGUUCUCAUUUGUCAUUACAUCUGUGAUCUGUCUUCCAUAUGCUAUAGAGAUCUGAUGAACGAAUUGGGGGAACUGGUUAGAAAACAUGGGUUUUGAAAUUGUAAUGAAGCAUUUAGCUUGGCUUGUUGUAAGGAACUUGCAUAUUUACCACUAGGAGUUAUCUAUUGAAGAUUUCCUAUGGACUUGACAAAGUUGCAUACACCCACUCCAUGUUCUUUUAUGAGCAUCCUGCUGGCUUUUGCUGUCUUCAUGCGAGCUAAUUUAUCCCCUUUUGACCAUGUUUGAUCAGUCCAAUGGUAACAUGUGAGUUUGUACAUGCUGUCACAAUGUCCAAAGCUUGAGCUGGACACAUCUAAUGAAAAAGGAGAAUUUAUGUGAAGUUAACACUUUUUAACUUUUUGCACUUUUUUUUAUUGUUGGCAUAGAAAGCAAAUGACUUUUGUCAAUUAAUACUCAUAUUCUUUCAUCACAAAUCAGAUACUCAUACACCUAAUCGAAGUGAAUGAAAGGCUUAUGCUUUGGUCCAGAAUUAUUACUCAAACUCGCUUUGGCUUAUAGAGUUAUAUCAAUCUAAUUAGAAAAGGACAUGAAGGUGCUGAUGAAUCACUUUUCUCUCAUAUCUUCAAAUGCAUACCAAACCAUACUUAAGGCAUAUGAUCCUGAGUUGUUUAGCAUCUAAGUUUGUGGUCCCUGCCUGUUGCAUUUUAUCAUGUCAAAAUUUCUAACUACCUAAGUUUAGCAUCUGACUGGGUGGUACCCAUUGCAUUUUAUCAUAUCAAAAUCUCCUUCCGAACUACUUGUGGUAUAAUUGGGGGAAAAUCAUUAGAUGUUGUGGUUGAAUGGCAAAGUACCCCCUUUACAAUAUUUUGUUAUACAUUUUGAUGGUUGAGGUGUUUUCUGGUUCAUUUGGAUCUUUGCUAAAAAAUAAAGGCCUUUAUUUGGAUCUUUAGUGUGUACAUUGCAUUGCUUCUUAACGAGGGAUUUCUUGCAAACUCUUAACUAUUUGUGGAUUCUUACCCUUUUUUUGGUCAGAAAAUUUGCCUGGGCAUUACAUAUAAAUUCUUCAUCAUGUCAACUGAAAUUUUGAGAAUGCCUGGUUGUCCUCUAUGUUAGCACCUUUGUGAUGAUUGAUCUGUUGAGCAAUGUGAGGAAAGUAUAAGUACUUGUGCCAUACUGAGACUGCAUUCAAAUAUCUUCCCAUCUACUAUAUGCUAUGGAACAAGACAGAAGAAUGCACUUUCUGCUUAAUACUUCUUGAUCUCUAUGGUGUAAAUAUUGGACUGGUGAUAAUGCUCACAUGGUAUUCUGUACAAAAGCCAAAUAUAUGGGUUCAUUAUUUGUCUUAUGGCUUUUAAAUAUGGGUUUCCUGGUUUAAGUAAUUGCUCAAAGGAAGGACCCUUUCGAGCAUUUGGAUUGAUAUGGAGCCUGAUUCUUGCUUUUAUGUUCACUUUGGAGUUUUGGCCAUUUUUGGAAUGCUUUUGUAGACAAAUUGUGAGCCUGAUUCAUCUCUUUUGGCUCAUUUAUGCAGAUAAUAAUAUCGAAUAAGUUGAUAUGGAGCAUUGCCUUUCAACUUUUGAUUUGGCGAACGGAAUACAUUGAUCUCUGCAGAUAAACUUCGCAACUGGAUUCAUCCUUAUUUAUCUUUUUAUUCAUUCUGGCUCAUGAAGCUCGUAAAGAAUAUUUCACGUGUCUGCACAAUUUCGUUGAGUGAAAAAAAGGAGGCAACACAGUAAAUUUGUUGGGGGGGUUAAGUUUGUUGUUGUUUUUUUUUUAAGAUUGGUUUGAUUGACAUUUGAUAGUUGCAUAGGUAUGUUCAUUGUCGUAAAAUUCUUUUGGCUGACAGAAAAUGAGACGAAGGGUCUCAUACAAUAAUGUUUGACUACGUAAAUUACAUGUUCAGUAAUCAUUAUUAUUG